AUGUUCGGCUUCGGUAGGAAGUCUAAAGGCCCGCAAAAAGAAUGGAUAGUUGACAAUGAUAGACCCAUUUCGACUAAGCCGUUUGAGGCUCCAUCAGACUCUAUUGAGAAGCCCAGCUUGCAAGACGCAGAGACCGAAGACCAGAAAACAAAAUAUAACAUAGUGCUGAAGCAUUUUCAAUCCACAGAGAAGUAUCCUGUGCUAGAAAAAAAUUGCAAUGCUAGUGAUUAUGUGGAGCUUAAUGACUUUGAAAAAGCAUGGCUGAGUAAGGAAUGUCUUUUAAGGUACCUUCGCGCCUGUAAUUGGAAUGUUGACGAAACGAUUAGACGAUUGACUAAUUCAAUUGCGUGGAGACGUGAAUUUGGAAUUGCAGGAGGAAAUUUCGAAAAGGUCACGGAGGACCUAGUAAAGGAGGAAAACGAAACUGGAAAACAUCUGGUUUAUGGUUUUGACACUGAGGGUAGACCUUGCCUAAUACUGUUAAAUGGUCGCCAAAAUACUAAAACGUCUUUCAGACAGAUUCAACAUCUGAUAUACAUGUUGGAAACUAGCAUCGACUUCAUGCCUCAAGGACAAGACAAACUGGCACUGUGUGUGGACUUCAAAAAAUACCCAGAAGCUUCACUUGUGGAGCCAAGAGUACCGGCAGUUUCUGUGGGCAAGCAGGUACUGCAUAUUCUACAGUAUCACUAUCCCGAAAGGCUAGGCAGAGCUCUUUUCAUUAAUAUCCCUAUAAUUGUUUGGGGUUUCUUAAAAAUAUGCUGGCCGUUUGUGGAUAGCUUUACCAAACAAAAAUGCAAAUUCGACGAGCCUUUUAGGGAAUUUAUACCACCAGAACAACUGGCCGUUAAUUAUGGUGGAGAUGUUAAUUUCGAAUAUGUUCAUGACGACUAUUGGCCUGAAAUGGUAGAACUUCGAAAUAAAAAACGAGGCAUUUACAUCGAGAACUAUUAUAGAUUGGGUGGUGGAAUUGGCCUCAGCGAGAUAGAUCUACGGCAAGGUCUGUGA